AUGCCUGUCAAUGAUAACUCUUCACUUGAUUCAAACUCAAGUUCUGAUGUUUCCCAUUCAAAUGAAUUCGAUGAAUGGGAAGAACGAGUUUAUCAACAAAAUCGUCAAUUUGAUAAUAUCAUCGAGAAUAUGAUCCUAACCAAUACUAAUUUGUUUGUAGGACAUCAAAUUCCAAUAGCUAGGAGGAGAUAUUGUGAUAGGGAAUGUGAGCUUGGUGCAGAGCGUUUAAUCAACGACUAUUUUGGUACCAGCCCGACGUAUCCUCCAGAGAGACGUGAUGCUACUGGUAGACUAGGUCUUUCGGCCUUGCAAAAGUGUACUGCAGCAAUGAGGGUAUUGGCGUAUGGGACAUCAUCCGAUGUUGUCAAUGAAUAUCUACGAAUGAGCUCAUCUGCAACAAGAGAAGCUUUAGUACAUUUUGUAGAAGAUGUUAUUUCCUACUUCAGUGAUACGUACCUCAGAAGGCCUAAUGAACAAGAUUUGGGAAAAGUGGAAAACCAACGAUCAUUUUGGAAGAUGUUGCAUCAUACGACUUGUGGAUAUGACAUGCGUUCUUUAGAAUACCAGAUCCGCAAACACAAGUUGUUCGCUCAACACCAAGAGUCUAUGCGAAAAGAUGUUGAGCGAGCAUUUGGAGUUCUACAAGCUCGAUUGGCAUUUCUACGACGCCCAUGUCUUAUUUGGGACAAAAUUUUGAUGGGAAAAGUUAUGAUGGCUUGUAUCAUCAUGCAUAAUAUGAUACUAGAGGAUGAACGGGAUACCUACCAAAAUUAUUAUGAUCCAACACAAUUUUUUAUGGAUACACCUACAAGAGUACAAACAGAAGAUGGUGAACAUUUCCGCUAUUCUACUGAACGUAUCAUGAGCUUGUCUGCUUAUAUGACUAAUAGAGAUCAACUUUGCAAUAGAGAAGCUCAUAGGACUCUUCAAGAUGAUUUGAUUGAGCAUAUAUGGGAAAAGUUUGACACUGACAAUUAA